ACACACACACACACACACACGCAUACAUAAACACAACACAUAAACACACAACUUGACUGAUAGUUUAAACUACUAAAUACAGAAACUAAGAGUAGCAGCAGCAGCAGCGGAACAAACCAAACAUUUAAAUAAAAUAUUAUUAAGUAAAUAUUUGCAAGAAAAGUAGAACAACUCGUAAUAUGCCAAAUAUGCGUUGCCGCUGCAGCUGCUGCUAAUUAUACGCCAACACACAACCAACAACUUGCAACUGCAACAAGAUCAACAACAACUCGCAGCAGCAGCAACAAGAUCAACAACAACUCUUCACACAACAGCUGCAAUAUGGGCAACAAAUGCUGCAGCAAGCGACAGGAUCAGGAGCUGGCUUUGUCCUAUCCUACGGGUGGCUACAAGAAAUCCGACUACACCUUCGGCCAGACGCACAUCAACAGCAACAGUGGCAGUGGUGGAGUGGCAGCUGCUCUUGGUCAGAAGCACAACAAUGGCGGCUCGCUGGAUUCACGCUACACCCCAGAUCCAAAUCGUGGCCCAUUAAAAAUUGGCGCCAAGGGCGGCGUCGACAUCAUCCGCACGCGCACCACACCGACUGGCGUACCUGGUGUUCUGCCAAAGAGACGCGUAGUUGUCGCGCUCUACGAUUAUAAAUCGCGUGAUGAGUCCGACUUGAGCUUUAUGAAGGGAGACCGCAUGGAGGUCAUUGAUGACACCGAGUCCGACUGGUGGCGCGUCGUCAAUCUGACCACACGCCAGGAGGGACUGAUUCCGCUCAACUUUGUUGCCGAGGAGCGCAGCGUCAACAGUGAAGACUGGUUCUUUGAGAACGUGUUACGCAAGGAGGCGGACAAGCUGCUGCUGGCUGAGGAGAAUCCGCGUGGCACAUUUUUGGUGCGUCCCUCGGAACACAAUCCCAAUGGCUAUUCGCUGUCGGUGAAGGACUGGGAGGAUGGGCGUGGCUAUCAUGUGAAGCAUUAUCGCAUCAAGCCGCUGGACAAUGGCGGCUACUACAUAGCCACAAAUCAAACCUUCCCCUCGCUCCAGGCCCUCGUCAUGGCCUACAGCAAAAACGCACUGGGACUGUGUCACAUUCUGUCGCGUCCCUGCUCUAAACCGCAGCCACAGAUGUGGGAUCUGGGGCCCGAGUUGCGUGACAAGUAUGAAAUUCCACGCUCAGAGAUACAACUGCUGCGUAAACUGGGUCGUGGCAACUUUGGUGAGGUCUUCUACGGCAAGUGGCGCAACAACAUCGAUGUGGCAGUGAAAACGUUGCGUGAGGGCACCAUGUCCACGGCGGCCUUCCUCCAGGAGGCGGCCAUCAUGAAGAAGUUUCGACACAAUCGCCUUGUGGCCCUUUACGCUGUCUGUUCGCAGGAGGAGCCCAUCUAUAUUGUGCAGGAGUACAUGUCCAAGGGCAGCCUGCUGGACUUUUUGCGCGAAGGCGACGGUCGCUAUUUGCAUUUUGAGGAUCUCAUCUAUAUUGCCACACAGGUGGCCAGCGGCAUGGAGUAUCUGGAGUCCAAACAGCUCAUCCAUCGCGACUUGGCGGCGCGCAAUGUGCUCAUAGGCGAGAAUAAUGUGGCAAAAAUAUGUGAUUUUGGUUUGGCGCGCGUCAUCGCCGAUGAUGAGUACUGUCCCAAGCAGGGCUCUCGCUUUCCGGUCAAAUGGACAGCGCCCGAGGCGAUCAUCUAUGGCAAGUUUAGCAUCAAAUCGGAUGUGUGGUCAUAUGGCAUACUGCUAAUGGAGCUAUUCACGUACGGACAAGUGCCCUAUCCGGGCAUGCAUAGUCGCGAAGUCAUCGAGAAUAUUGAACGCGGUUUCCGCAUGCCAAAGCCGACAAAUCACUAUUUCCCCGACAAUAUCUAUCAUCUGCUGCUCCAAUGCUGGGACGCAGUGUCCGAGAAGAGGCCAACGUUUGAGUUCUUGAAUCAUUACUUUGAGUCGUUCUCGGUGACGUCCGAGGUGCCGUAUCGGGAGGUGCAGGAUUAGGCAAAAACAACAGCAACAACACUCACAUCACACACAAGAACACACAUACACA